AUGGCAUCGCUACCGAGAAAACGAAUCAACGCUGCACGACCAUUUGCAUCAUCCAGCGUCGAUUAUUGCGGUCCAUUCACAGUACGAAUUGGCGCAAAACGUUCCCGCGCCACGGUUAAGACAUACUUGGCCAUCUUCAUCUGCAUGGUAGCGAAGGCGGUACAUAUUGAGGUCGUCGAUGAUCUCUCAUCACAGGCGUUUCUGGACGCGUUUACAAGAUUUGUCAGUCGACGUGGGCCAUGCCUCGAACUUUUCAGUGAUAAUGGUCCUGCUUUCAUUAGCGCCAAUCGCUUACUACAGGAAGAGCUGGUUGCAUGGCAAAACAAAGGCAACCAGCAGUCUUUAGCAAAUAUGGGCACUCAUUGGCACGUUAUCACGCCUAGCGCUACCCAUCAAGGUGGACUCUGGGAGGCUGCCGCAAAGUCCGCUAAACAUCAUCUGGUGCACUUGGUUGGAGCACAAGCGCUAUGGCAUAGCCAACUUCAAACAUUGGCGAACGGAUUGAGGCGUGCCUGA